CAAACUAUUGUGUUCAAUCGGAAGUGAAAAGUGAAAAAAAUUAAUUCAAGCAACAUGAGCAAAGCCGAGUGGGAAACCAAUGAGGAAAUCGAAAUCUUCCGUGAAUAUUUGAAGAUUCCUUCGGUGCAUCCAAAGCCAGACUACACGCCUUGUGUGGAAUUCCUUAAGCGACAGGCGGAGAGUCUGGAUCUCUCCGUGCAAGUGGUUUAUCCUGCCAAUGAAGAUAAUCCUGUUGUGGUGCUGAAGUGGGAAGGCAGCGAACCGGAGCUGCCCUCCAUCAUCCUCAACUCGCACAUGGAUGUGGUGCCCGUGGUCGCUGAGAAGUGGAAACACGAACCCUUCGGCGCCGAGAUGGAUGACGAAGGACGCAUUUUUGCACGUGGCACACAGGACACCAAGCAGGUGGGCACACAAUAUUUGGGCGCCAUACGUGCUCUCAAGGCUGAAGGAUUCCAGCCGAAGCGCACUGUGUAUGUCACAUUUGUGCCCGAUGAGGAGCUUGGCGGCCACCUAGGUAUGCGGGAGUUCGUCAAGGACGAUUAUUUCAAGAGCAUGAAUGUGGGCUUCAGCUUGGACGAGGGAUCUCCCAGUCUGGACGAAACCUACUACGUCUUCUAUGCAGAGCGCACAGCUUGGCCUUUCAGAUACAAGUUCAAGGGCACAGCUGGCCAUGGCUCUGUGCUGCUGCCCAACACUGCAGGCGAGAAGCUUUGCUUCAUUCUGAACAAGAUGAUGGACUAUCGUGCCUCGCAGGUCAAGCGGUUGACUGAUGAUCCUGAACUAUUCAUUGGUGAUGUGACCACCGUGAAUCUAACCCAAAUUCUUGGCGGACAGCAGAAUAAUGUUGUCCCUGCUGAGCUCGAGCUGAUCUUUGAUCUGCGCAUUGCUGUCGAUGUCGAUCUGGAGGCACUUGAGCAGCAGGCUCGCGAUUGGUGCGAGGAAGCUGGCGGCGAUGUGGAGAUCAUCUUUGAACGCAAAGAUGACUUUGUGGCGCCCACUAAGAUUGGUCCCGAGAAUCCCUUCUGGGUGGCCUUUGAACAGUCGCUGACUGAACUGAACUUGAAAUUCAAGCCACAAGUUUGCCCUGGUGGCACAGACAGUCGCUAUCUGCGUCAACAAGGUGUCUCUGCUUUGGGUUUCUCGCCUAUGAACAACAAUACACCCAUCUUGGCUCAUGACCACGAUGAGUUCAUCAAGGCAGAUGUCUAUCUGCAUGGCAUCGAGGUCUACAAGAAGAUAAUUCCAGCAGUUGCCAAUGCAUAGGAAACCGGACAGUACAACUAUUCUAAUCUAAGUAUUCAGUUAAAAAACUGACGUUAUCUAGCAACAAGUAUUAUAACCAAAGAUACCUUUUUGAAUGUGUAAACUUAAUAAUAGAAUAAAGUAGAAAUGUUUUUAAUCAGAUG